AUGCCCCCUUUGGGUUCAGGGGCAUUUGAGGAUGCUACUGUACAAGGAGACUCUUAUAAUGCUGGCGGCGUCGUUACUGUCAAUGGUUUUGUGAUGAACGUCCCUGAGAAUCUCUUGGUGCAGUUCCCGGCCGCUUGGGUUCCUUGGAAGGAGUUUGUUGCCAACAAGGCCGAUUUCCUUGGGUUUGAGACAUUGGUUAUCGGCAAUAGUAUCAAUGGCAUCCCUCGGGUGGCUCAAAUUCAGCUAUAUGAUAUGAAGAUCCAAAACGGACCCACUGUACGCAUCAACGAUCCCAACGGUGUUUUCUCUGUGGGGUACACUGGCGCUCCUCUUAUGACAGCGGACGAUGUCAGUCCCAGUAUCACUUCGUUCUCCGGAUUCCCCAUGUGCAUCCCCCGCAACACCACGGACCCUCUCUGCCCCAUGUCUAAUAGGCCGUUCAACGGGCCUGGCACCUUUACUGCCCCUGAUCCCUUGGUCAUGUCGCCAUUCUUGGCUGGCGACUUUAUCACCAUUACAGGUUUCCGAAAGGGGAAUGAAAUUAUUGCCUCCAGUAUCGUCGCUGAGAACGUUAUGAUUAACACGAUUGGGGACCUGGCAUAUUUCAUUGGUUUCGUGUCUAAUCCGCGUGCUACUGUCGCUCUCUAUGCCAUGGAUAUCGACCCAUGCACUGGUGAGACGACCGACCGUCUCAUUGCGGCCUUGGGCCUCCGUGGAGGCCGUAACGUGCAAAACAAGUUUGAGUAUCGUAACGAGAUUCUUAGCCGCUAUACCCGGGAGUACAAGGUGAUUACUGAAAUCAACGGUGUCCCUAAGACCCGCGUCACCAAGAAUGGACUCGUCAUGGGCGAAUACGUCCAGCCAGUCAAUGUUUGGGUGCCUGGAGAACAGGAUGUUCCUGGCCCUGAGCCAGCAGCAGACGCUACCUCAGCCGUUGAGGAGGGAGCGCCAGGAGCUAGCGACACUCCGGCUGCUACUGUUGAAAAGCGCGGGAGCUUUGGACGCUGGUACAGCCGCACAAAGAACGAAGCGGAAUCAGAUGCCGAAAACGCCGAUACAACUGACUCGCCAGUCUUCAAGGAGCCUCCUCAGCCCGCUCGAGUUGAUCUUAGCAAGUCUCGCCGGAGGCCUGCGAGGAGCCAUAUUCACAUGGGUUCCCGAUGGCGAAGUGCCGCCAGCCGGCUUCCUGUAAGCUACGUACUCGACGGAAACUCGGACUUCCUCACAGUUUCGGAGACUGUCCGGCGCACAUCCCGCAUGCCAGAUGCAACCGGAAUCACGCCGUCGAUCGUCGUGGCGGUCGGAUAUCCAAACACAACAGACUACAACAUCGUUCGGCGCGGCUAUGACUUUACCCGUCGCGGCCCGGUUGACUCUGAUCUCGACGACAACGGAUUUGUUUACGGCGGACAGCCGGCCUUUAUGCGAUUUAUCGAGCGGCAAUUGGUACCCCAUAUCGGGGCGCACUAUCCCGCCCACAUCAACUCCCGGACCCUGAUUGGCCAUUCACUCGGCGGCUACUGCGCUCUGGAAUUUCUCGCGUGGAAGCCGAGUGUCUUCAAGGGGUACAUUAUCCUUAGUCCGUCGAUCUGGUGGGACAAGCCGGGCCUUUGGGAACGACUUCUCCAUCCUCGACUCGGCGAGUUCGUCAACGCACACAGAGGCAAGGGUUCCGCAACCAACGUAAUCAUGAAGUGGUCUCACGUUUUCGGCUCCGGCCUCGUCUGGAUUCAAUCUGCCCACGCCGCUGCUGCACCGUGCUGCCACAACGCGGUUUGCGCAAAUGCUAUCUCCGAAGCUGAGUUUGGGACCGGCAUUGAGGACUGUUCCAGUGCCCUCGCCUUGACUGUGACAGCUGCUCAAAGCGAGGUUCAACCUAUCACAGUCGCGACAGAGACAGUAUUCUUCACCGUUCACGAAACUGCCUCGGCCGAUCCCGUCAUCGUCACCGUCACCGUAACCACCCAGGGUGUGCAGCCCGUAAAACGAGACGGCCCGGUGGAAUCUCAAGUUCCCCAGUACGCGAACCACGCUUGCAAGUCGUGGAAGAAAUACACGGCUGCCUGCGAAUGCCUGGGCGUUAAGCCCACAACAGUUACCGUGGACGCCGAGACUGUGACAAUCACAGAGGACCUCACCACUACUCUGACCAGCGAUUCCUUCGUGACUGCGACGGUUACUAUCACCGAGACCGUCCCCGAGACUGCUCUCGCCUCCCACACCGAGGUUGCCUUUGUCACGGUUACCCCCACUCAGACAACCACCUUGAUUAUUACCGAGCCUGUCUGCACGCCCCGGGGCGGGCCGUGCCGUUUGGAACGUCCUGACCUGUGUUGUAACCUGAUCUGCUUUGGAAACAAUGGCAACCCGUACUGCGGUUAA